CUGGCUCUUCCGGCAAGUGCAAGUGGGAGGGGCAGCAGCAUUUGCCAUGGAGAAGAUUGCAGUGUCCAUGUUCCUACUCCUGGUGGCCAUCUCUCACACACUAGCCAAAGAGAUUACGCCCAAACCUGGAGCAAAGAAAGAGGAGAGCCGGCCCAAGCUGCCCCAGACCCUCUCCAGAGGCUGGGGUGAUAACCUUUUCUGGACACAGACAUACGAAGAAGCCUUGUACAAAUCAAAGACCAGCAACAAGCCCUUGAUGAUCAUUCACCACUUGGAAGAAUGCCCACACAGCCAAGCUUUGAAGAAAGUGUUUGCAGAAAAUAAUGAGAUCCAGAAACUGGCGGACAAAUUUGUUCUUCUCAACCUAAUUUAUGAAACCACUGACAAGCACCUGUCCCCUGAUGGCCAGUACGUCCCUCGGAUCAUGUUUGUGGACCCAUCCUUGACAGUUAGAGCAGAUAUUACUGGCCGAUAUUCUAACCGACUCUACGCUUAUGAACCUGCUGAUACUCCACUGUUGCUUGACAAUAUGAAGAAAGCCCUGAAGUUACUAAAGACUGAACUGUAA